AUGUCCAAGGCUGUUGGUAUUGACUUGGGUACUACGUACUCUUGUGUUGCACACUUCUCCAACGAUCGUGUCGAAAUUAUUGCGAACGAUCAAGGUAACAGAACCACUCCAUCUUUCGUUGCGUUCACUGAUACUGAAAGAUUGAUUGGUGAUGCUGCUAAGAACCAAGCUGCCAUGAACCCAUCUAACACUGUUUUCGAUGCUAAGCGUUUGAUUGGUAGAAACUUCAGUGACCCUGAAGUUCAAGGUGACAUGAAGCACUUUCCAUUCAAGAUUGUUGAUGUCGAAGGUAAGCCACAAGUUGAAGUUGAAUUCAAAGGUGAAACCAAAAAAUUCACUCCAGAACAAAUUUCUUCCAUGAUCUUGGGUAAGAUGAAGGAAACCGCAGAAGGUUACUUGGGUACUAAGGUUAACGAUGCCGUCGUCACUGUUCCAGCUUACUUCAACGAUUCUCAAAGACAAGCUACAAAGGAUGCCGGUACCAUUUCUGGUUUGAACGUUCUACGUAUCAUUAACGAACCAACUGCUGCUGCCAUUGCUUACGGUCUAGACAAGAAAGGUGGUGAAGAAAAUGUUUUAAUUUUCGAUUUAGGUGGUGGUACCUUCGAUGUCUCCUUGUUGACCAUUGAAGAUGGUAUCUUCGAAGUCAAAGCUACCGCUGGUGACACUCACUUGGGUGGUGAAGAUUUCGACAACAGAUUGGUCACUCACUUAGCCAAUGAAUUCAAGAGAAAGAACAAGAAAGAUCUAACCUCCAACCAAAGAGCUUUGAGAAGAUUAAGAACUGCUUGUGAAAGAGCAAAGAGAACUCUAUCUUCUUCUGCUCAGACCUCUGUCGAAAUUGAUUCCUUGUACGAAGGUAUUGACUUCUACACUUCCAUUACCAGAGCUAGAUUCGAGGAGUUGUGUGCUGAUCUAUUCAGAUCUACUUUGGAUCCAGUUGAAAAGGUUUUGAGAGACGCUAAAUUGGACAAAUCUCAAGUUCAUGAAAUUGUCUUGGUUGGUGGUUCUACCAGAAUUCCAAAGGUUCAAAAAUUGGUCACUGACUACUUCAAUGGUAAGGAACCAAACAGAUCUAUUAACCCAGAUGAAGCCGUUGCUUACGGUGCUGCUGUCCAAGCUGCCAUCUUGACUGGUGACCAGUCUUCCAAGACUCAAGAUCUAUUGCUAUUGGAUGUUGCUCCAUUAUCUCUAGGUAUUGAAACCGCUGGUGGUGUCAUGACUAAAUUGAUUCCAAGAAACUCAACUAUCCCAACAAAGAAGUCUGAAACUUUCUCUACUUACGCUGACAACCAACCAGGUGUCUUGAUUCAAGUCUUUGAAGGUGAAAGAGCUAGAACAAAGGACAACAACCUAUUAGGUAAAUUCGAAUUGAGUGGUAUUCCACCAGCACCAAGAGGUGUCCCACAAAUCGAAGUCACUUUCGAUGUUGACUCCAAUGGUAUUCUAAACGUUUCUGCUGUUGAAAAGGGUACUGGUAAAUCGAACAAGAUCACUAUCACUAACGAUAAGGGUAGAUUAUCUAAGGAAGAAAUUGAAAAGAUGGUCGCUGAGGCUGAAAAAUUCAAGGAAGAGGAUGAAAAGGAAGCUGGCAGAAUUGCAUCUAAGAACCAAUUGGAAUCUAUUGCUUACUCUUUGAAGAGCUCUAUCUCUGAAGCUGGUGACAAAUUAGAAGAAGCUGACAAAGAAACUGUCACCAAGAAGGCUGAAGAAACCAUUCAAUGGUUAGACAGUAAUCAAACCGCUACAAAGGAGGAAUUUGAUGAUCAAUUGAAGGAACUUCAAGAUAUUGCUAAUCCAAUUAUGACCAAACUGUACCAAGCUGGUGGUGCUCCUGGUGCUGCCGGUGGUGCUCCUGGUGGUUUCCCAGGCGCGGGUGCCUCUGCUCCUGAACCAGAAGGUCCAACUGUUGAAGAAGUUGAUUAA